AUCAAUUUUCCAACUAGGGUACACCGCUCACGUCCAUGUCACCUCACUUAUCGAUGGUUUUAAAAGCGUGGAUAUUGUUUGUGUAACAAAACAAUUGUUGUUUAGUCUCAAGUUUGGGAAGACCGUUUCUAACCCUUGUUGUGGCCUUAAACGUAAAGAAAGAUGAUAACAACUUUGAACCGUUUUCUGAAGCAAUAGAAAAGACCGCCCGAAACGUCUGUUUGGCGAGAAGGCAUGAGCAUUGCUGGGUAAGAUUUUUCAAACUCCACUUUUUACUUUUCAUCUUCCAAUCAAACACUUUGACCGCAAAAAAAAUCGCUUUUUUUUGCUCUCUCUUCGUUUUCCUCGUCAUACUUUUGUCGUUCAAAAAAGUCGGUGCCCGCCAUGUCCAACACAAACACACUGGAAUCCACAACUAACAAACGCAUUGCUCUUCCUGUACGCGUGGAGCCAAAGGUGUUUUUCGCUAAUGAACGUACAUUCCUAUCGUGGUUGAAUUUCACGGUGGUACUCGGUGGUUUGGCAAUGGGUCUUUUGAACUUUGGCGACCGUAUUGGCCGAAUGUCGGCCGUAUUAUUUACCUUUAUUGCCAUGACUGUUAUGUUGUAUGCUCUGUAUACCUUUCACUGGAGAGCUACCAAAAUCCGAAAUCGGGAAGCCGCUCCUUAUGAUGAUAGAGUGGGACCCACCGUACUGUGUAUCUUUAUGCUGGCAGCGGUUACCGUGAACUUUUAUUUGCGUAUCGGCGAGAAAGGCAAAUUCUAAGGAUGAUGUAUUGUCAGUUUGGUGUUUUCGUUUUGUAUAUCAGAUUAUUUUGUUUUUCGCAUAAUAUACUUGUUCCUUUGGUUUUAUCUGCUGUGAUAUGGGUAUCAAAUAGGGUAGUGGGAUGCUGUCAUUCAUCCAAUAUCUAUCACAAAGUAUGCAGUCAUCAAGAUGGCCUAAACCCACAAGUUUACUGUCAGAAACAUUGUCCUUAAAUAGUUGGCUUAAUUGGAAAUCCGAUGAAACAAUUUUUUCCAUCUACAGGCGUGGCUCAAAUUUUGUGAGCUACAGUGAAGCGGGUACCGGGCUGAGCGGG